AUGAAAAAUGCUGCCUUCCUAGCAUCAAAGAAAGGUCUUAGCAUAACCGAUGCUGUCACUACUGCCUUAAGCAAUGACACCCUCGACAAAGUUUUGAUCCAAUCGGAUGACAGUUCGGUGCUAUCAAAGUUUAAGGAUGCUUCAACUUACCAGAGAGUAUUGACCAUUAAAGAGCAAAUAAGUGAUGCACCAAAGCAGGUAGCGGAGGAAGUCAAGAAAUAUGCUGAUGCAGUGAGUGUCACUAGAAAUUCCAUUGUUAGAGAUAAUUCAGUCUUCUUUUCGACUGAUUUCACAAAUAUUACACAAGAAAUGCAUGCAGCAAAUGUCUUGGUAUAUGUCGCAUUUCUCAGGAAUGAAUUUACCUCGCUCAUCUUUGAUUACAAUGCGGAUCCUUACACACAGCUUGCUACUUUUGUUGUGGCAAACAAAGUUGAUGGGUCAUUACGGACAAUCCAGCAACUACCAAUGCAUAUAUGA